AUGCACGUGGCGUUCUCGAGCAGCAUCAGGGGCGCAAUGGACAACGUUCUGCUGGCGACGACCUCUUGCAUGAGCGUUCCCGAUCUGAUCGACCUCAACUUGCUCUGGUUCGUAUCCGCUUCCUCCACACGCGAGCACCGACUGUUCCGGAAGCUUCACCCACUCAUUCAACUUCACAGGGCGGGCACGACGUACGCCUAUGGUGUAGGGUCCAUCGACGACCCGCGCAACUUGCAGAACUCGCGUGUGUGGCUCUUCUCGGGCAAGAAGGACACUGUCGUAGAGACUGGUGUGGUCAAGAAGGCCAAGAUGUUCUACGAGUACUACAUCACCGAGGAGUCGCAGGUGACGAUGGUGACGAACGUGUCGGCUGAACACUCCUGGGUCUCAGACAGCUAUGGCAGUGCGUGUGGGUUCCUGGGCGAGCCCUACAUCAACAACUGCAACUUUGACGCGAGUGGCGCCAUGCUACGCCACAUCUACGCCCCGACCCCGCUCAACCCGCGCGCAGCCUCCGUCAACCGGGCCAACCUAACGCUGGUGUUGACGACCACACAGAUCUUUGCCUUCAGCCAGAGGGAGUACACGUCCCUGCUAUCUCCCGCUUCGCUUUCCAUGGGCAACACGGGCUACGUCUACGUCCCGACUGCUUGCCAAAAGGGCGCAUUGUGCAAACUCGUCGUGGCAUUCCACGGCUGCGAAAUGGACAUCCCCACGAUCAAGGACGCCUACUACGUCCACUCAGGUCUCAACCAAUGGGCCGAGACCAACAACAUGAUCGUGCUCUACCCGCAAGCGAUCGUGUCUUCGUUGAUUCCCUACAACCCGAAGGCGUGCUGGGACUGCCCUUCGAUCAGGUGGGGCUACACCGGCACCGCGUACGCCUCGCAAGCCGGGCUCCAAGUGGCCGCCAUCAAGCGAAUGAUCAACUCCCUGACGCGGCAGUAG